UCCCAGGGCAGGGCUGCCCGGCCCCAGCCCCGGGCAGCCCGCGCUCCCCAUGAAAAACCAGCUCCGCGGCCCCCCAGCGCGGGCGCACAUGUCGGCUUCGGGGGCUGCGGCGGCUGGGGACACCCGGGCGGGGUCGGAGCCCGGCUUGGGGUCUGGGUCUGGCGCGGGUACUGGGGCGAGGGCGGCGACGGAAGCGGGGGCUAUGCCCUGCAAGAGCGCCGAGUGGCUGCAGGAGGAGCUGGAGGCGCGCGGUGGCGCGUCCCUGCUGCUGCUCGACUGCCGGCCGCACGAGCUCUUCGAGUCGUCGCACAUCGAGACGGCCAUCAACCUGGCUAUUCCGGGCCUCAUGCUGCGCCGCCUUCGAAAGGGCAACCUGCCCAUCCGCUCCAUCAUCCCCAACCACGCCGACAAGGAGCGCUUCGCCACGCGCUGCAAGGCGGCCACCGUGCUGCUCUAUGACGAGGCUACAGCCGAGUGGCAGCCCGAGCCCGGCGCCCCCGCCUCGGUGCUCGGUCUGCUCCUGCAGAAGCUGCGCGACGACGGCUGCCAGGCCUACUACCUCCAAGGUGGUUUCAACAAGUUCCAGACCGAGUACUCGGAGCAUUGUGAGACUAACGUUGACAGCUCUUCCUCGACGAGUGACUCGCCACCCACCUCGGUGCUGGGCCUGGGGGGCCUUCGCAUCAGCUCUGACUGCUCAGAUGGCGAGUCAGACCGAGAGCUGCCCAGUAGUGCCACCGAGUCAGACGGAAGCCCUGUGCCAUCCAGCCAGCCAGCCUUCCCUGUCCAGAUUCUGCCCUACCUCUACCUCGGCUGUGCCAAGGACUCCACCAACUUGGAUGUGCUCGGCAAGUACGGCAUCAAAUACAUCCUCAAUGUUACCCCCAACCUGCCCAAUGCCUUUGAGCAUGGUGGCGAGUUCACCUACAAGCAGAUCCCCAUCUCUGACCACUGGAGCCAGAAUCUCUCCCAGUUCUUCCCCGAGGCCAUCAGCUUCAUUGAGGAAGCCCGCUCCAAGAAGUGUGGCGUCCUGGUGCAUUGUCUGGCAGGCAUCAGCCGCUCGGUGACAGUCACUGUGGCCUACCUGAUGCAGAAGAUGAACCUGUCACUCAAUGACGCCUAUGACUUCGUCAAGAGGAAAAAGUCCAACAUCUCGCCCAACUUCAACUUCAUGGGGCAGCUGCUGGACUUUGAGCGGACGCUGGGGCUAAGCAGCCCAUGUGACAACCACGCACCCAGUGAACAGCUCUACUUCUCCACUCCCACCAACCGCAACCUGUUCCCACUCAACACACUCGAGUCCACGUGAGGCCGGGUCCACAGGGCCUGGAGGAGGCCCAGCCUGCUGCCCUUGGCCUGAGGAACCCACACACGUCGCCUGUGCCUGGAGGCCAGGCUGAGCUACACCAAGUUCCCUUGCUGUCUUGUGGGUCAGGGCCCACGGGCAGGGCUUCCUCACUGCAGAGGCUUGGGAUCUCAGAUGUGUGGCUUUGGGGGCCAGGAGGCCUCAUCUUUUCCCGGGACACCCCUUUCUGCGGAAGGCCCAGCCCAUGUGGCUAUUUUUAAAGACAUAUCCAUGGACCUGAGUUUACUUUAUACUUUUGGCAGGUAAAUCCAAGCUCCCUGGAGCUCAGAGUGUAUUCAAGCUCUUCUUGAUUUUUCUUUUUUUAACAAAAAGUGUUAUUUUCAGACUAUAUGCAACAGUGAAUUGUAUAAAUCAGUGUUUCAUGCCUUUCUUGAUCCUGAGAGAGAGAGAGAGAAGUAUUCUGUUUCAUUUUUCUUCCUAUUUCAAAAAGCAGUUAUUGAUAUGUUUUGUUUUUGUUCUUAGUGGAAAAGACAAACCCCAUGUUGAUCUUGACCAAAUGCGUUUUGCACACGUGUGAAGCCUCUGUUUCUCCACCAGGCCCUCUGGAAGAGGAGGCUGCUGUGCUCCAGGAGUCAGCCAUCCCCCACAAUGGCUCAGCCCAGCGUGGCACUGCAUCCACCUGUGCUGACUGUUGUAAGUGUGCUCAAUGGACUGGACCAGUGGUCUUUACAUUGUUUGCCCUCCCAACUGCCCCUCCAGUGGUCUUGCAGACCUCCCUGGGGCAGAAGAUGGAGGUCCUGCCUCUGUUCUGCUAGAGGUGGAGCACAGGGGACUGCCAAGCAGUAGCAUUAGCCUUCUGGGUUCAGCCCCUCAGAGGCUGGACCCUGGGCCCUUUUCUAAACUUACCAUGACUUCUGUUUUUGUUCUUUCUCUCUAGCUGGGAGUGGAGGCCAGUGUCUGGGGAAAGCUUAGGUGAUGGGACCCAGCCCUGCAUCCCAGAUUCUUUCUCUUACCCUGGCUGUUGAUUUGGUCCAGCCAUAGCUUCCAGUCAGUCCCCUUGUCCCCAUGGAAGCCUUCCCCACUCACAUCUUGGCCAUGCCUUUUACUACCAGGAACCUUGCACCCCUUUUAACCCUAGGGUAGGGGCAGAUGGGGCGGUGAUGGUCAAGUGGAAGGGGUGUGAAGCUCUGUCCACCCCAGCAUUCACAGAACAAAGCCACGGAUUCUGUUACGCUCCUCUAGUUUUGUUCCUUCUCCAGCCUCCUUCUACCCAGGUGUUAGGGCUGCACAGGACCUGGGAAGGGGUCAGCCGUGGGGCUGGUGUCCCUGAUGGAGCCAGCACUCAGCAUGCGAGCAAGGCCACGGAAACUGCCCCCACCGCAUCUUACCUCACAGGGUGGUUUUCAGGGAUUUUUGGGGGCAGCAGAUUAAAAUCUUGCCACAGUUGAGAAAUUGA